AUGUCCCUGGUGGUCUCAGGGGUGGUCUCAGGGGUGCUGUGUGCUCAGGGGUGCUGUGGGGGCCCACAGGUGCCCGACCUGCCCGUGCUCAGCCUGCCCAAGGAGCCCCUCAAGGCUCACGGGCGGCAGGAGCCCAGCGCCCGCCCGCCCUUCAUCCACCACCGCGAGUCCCUGUGGAAGCGCUGCCUCAGCGCCUGGCGCGACGCGGGGCUCUGCGGGGUGCUCCGGGAGGUGGCCAGCGCCGAGGAGGAGGGGCUGCGAUGGCUGAGGACGGGCUCGAGCCACGUGCUGGCCGUGUGCCGCUGGCUCUCCUCGCUCCACGGAUCCCUGUUCCCACACCUCUCCCUGACCAGUGAGGACAUGAUUGCAGCCUUCUCCCAGGCCGUGGACUGGGCUGGAUGCCCCGUGCGGGCCUUUGCCUGGCACCCCCACACCAACAAGUUUGCUGUGGCACUUCUGGACGAUUCCAUCCGGGUCUACAACUCCAACAGGUCUCCCUGCUCCCCCAGGGAAUGCCAAUCCCUCCUCAGGAGAAGACUGUGCCGGCUGGUCCUGCGGCCCCCUCCGCGCUGCCCUGCUCCAGCCCUCUCUCCCAGCUGGGAUUUCUGGCCAGCCCAGGCCCCCUCCUGCCCCAGGGCUGGGCUGGGGGCAGCUCAGGCCAAUUGCACCAGUGCCACCGUCCCCUCGCUGAAGCAUCGCCUGCAGAGGAACGUGGCCUCCAUGGCCUGGAAGCCCCUCUGUGCCUCCAUCCUGGCCGUGGCCUGCCAGAGCUGUGUCCUGGUGUGGCACCUGGAUCCCACCUCCCUCUCCACCAGACCGUCAUCAGGCUGUGCCCAGGUUCUGUCCUACCCGGGGCACAGCCCUGUCACCAGCCUGGCCUGGGCACCCAGCGGGGAGCGGCUGCUCUCGGCGUCACCGGUCGACACAGCCAUGCUGGUGUGGGACGUGUCCACUGAGAACUGUGUCCAGCUGCAGUGGUUUGGGGGUGGUGGUGUCACCUACUUGGCCUGGUCACCCGAUGGCAGCAAGGUGCUGGCAGCCACCCCCUCGGCCGUGUUCCGGGUGUGGGAGGCUCAAAUGUGGACGUGUGAGCGGUGGCCCACUAUCAGAGGACGCUGCCAGACGGGGUGCUGGAGCCCGGACGGCAGCCGACUGCUCUUCACGGUGCUGGGGGAGUCCGUCAUCUACUCCUUGUCCUUCUCCGAGUACCGGGGUGAGUCUGCCCGAGCUGGAGCUUCCCAAGGGGGGUCUGUGCUCCCCGACCCUGGGGGCUUCCCUGCUGCUCGUGCCGGUUCCAGGAUUGGAGGAGAGGUGCAUUCCAUGGUGUGGGACCCCACUGGAGAGAGACUCGCAGUGAUCAUCAGAGGACACCCCGACUCUCCGGGCAGCCAGACGGCCAUCGCCGUGUUCCGCACCCGCAACAGCCCCGUCUUCGAGCUCCUGCCCUGCGGGUUCGUGCGGGGCGAGCGCGGUGCCCAGCCCCAGAUCAUCGCCUUCCACCCCUGCUUCCCACGAGGAGCCCUCCUGACCGUGUGCUGGUCCUCGGGGAAGAUCAGCCACAUCCCCUUCUUCUUCAUCAGUGCCCACGUGCCCCUGGCCAGCCCUCGCCGCAGCCCCGUCCCCAUCGGGGCCAGUGUGAGGGAGCAGCCCCUCUUCUCGGAGCUGUGACCACAGCCUGGGGCCUUGGUGGCUCCUCUUCCUCCCUGGGCAGCCUCAUCUUCCUCCCGGGACCCUCGACUGCCUUCAACCCCUGGGGGGGCACAGGGGGUCUCCCAGAGUCUGCAUCAAAUAAAGGCCGAUCUUUCCUCCCUCUCCUCUUCUUUCCU